UUUUGUGUCAUUUCAUAAAUUACGGUCGUAACGUCAAGAAUCUGAAGAAGACAUAGCACAGGUGUCUUUUUUUGAAAUCGAACGCGUUCGUGGUGAAUUCAAAGCAAACAGAGUAUAAAUACGAAAACGAAAGUGUUGUGUUUUUUCACAAAUUAAAUUAACAAAUAAAUAAAAAAAAUAACAAAAUGAAAGCCUUUGUAGUGGCCGGUAUCUGCUUGUUCAGUGUUUUAAGUGUCGGUUUGGCCCAGUUCUCAAACGGACGCGUCUUGGAUCCACCCAAUCCCCAGUUGUGUGCCCAACGUGUUAUUCAUGAAAAGACACCCGAUGGCAAAGGUUAUUUCUUCUCGUGGCGUGACCCAGCUUUGAAGGGUGUCGAAGAAGAUUGGUUGAGUGCCAGAAACUACUGCCGCAGACGUUGCAUGGACUCUGUAUCCUUGGAAACUAGCUUGGAAAAUGAAUGGAUCAAACAACGUGUUGUCAAUGAAAAUGUGAAAUACAUCUGGACCUCUGGCCGUCUCUGUGACUUCAAGGGCUGUGAACGUCCCGACUUGCAACCCACCAACAUCAACGGCUGGUUCUGGACUGCUACUUUGCAAAAAUUGGCCCCAACCAGCGAACGCAGCCAAGGUGAUUGGUCUCCCAGCGGUGGUAUUGGCUUGCCCCAACCCGAUAACCGUGAAUACAAACAAAACGGUGCUCCCGAAAACUGUUUGGCUCUCUUGAAUCAAUUCUACAACGAUGGUGUUAACUGGCACGACGUCGCUUGCCAUCACAAGAAACCAUUCGUUUGCGAAGAAAACGAUGCCUUGUUGAAGUAUGUCCGUUAUACCAACCCUCAGUUGCGCAUUUAAGGAAAUUAUGAAGGAG